CCGCACUGCUUCCAGAGUCCUUCCGGUGCACUAAGUAAACUCCCCAGCUGCUUGUUCUCUCAGUCCCCCUGCCUGCAGCGGCCGGAGCGGGAGGUGCAGGGCUCUGCGGACUUCACUGCCAGCGGCUCUAAGGUUGGAAUUGCGAAGCGUCGAGGCCGUAAGAUCCGGACACCAUGGCUGGCCUCCUGAGAUCAGUGGCAACCAGCUGCUCAAGUCCCCUGUUCAGCAGUGUUAUUUCCCUGAAGGUUCAGACUGUGAAGACACCAUGCCUGCGCAUGUUCCGCACUCACCGAGCACUUUGGUGCCAGCAGCCCGUAAAACCAGGGAUUCCAUACAAACAGCUGACAGUGGGCGUGCCCAAGGAGAUCUUCCAGAACGAGAGACGAGUGGCGCUGUCACCUGCAGGGGUACAGGCUCUGGUCAAACAAGGUUUCAAUGUUGUGGUGGAAGCGGGCGCAGGUGAUGCAUCCAAAUUCUCAGAUGACCAAUACAGAGAAGCUGGUGCCGUAAUCCAGGGGACCAAGGAAGUGCUGGGGUCGGACCUGGUCCUGAAGGUGCGGGCGCCCAUGUUAAAUCCGCUGCUGGGAGUGCAUGAAGUGGACCUCUUCAAACCUUCGUCUACCCUCAUCAGCUUUAUUUACCCUGCACAAAACGCAGAGCUGCUCAACAAACUUGCGGAGAAAAAGGCAACUGUAUUGGCCAUGGACCAGGUGCCACGUGUUACAAUCGCUCAGGGAUAUGAUGCGCUGAGCUCCAUGGCAAACAUUGCAGGCUACAAAGCGGUUGUUUUGGCUGCAAACAACUUUGGGCGUUUUUUCACCGGUCAGAUCACGGCAGCUGGCAAGGUCCCGCCAGCAAAGGUCCUUAUCAUCGGAGGUGGUGUUGCUGGGCUGGCUGCCGCAGGAGCUGCUAAGUCUAUGGGGGCGAUCGUCCGUGGCUUCGACACCAGGGCUGCCGCACUGGAACAAUUUAAGUCCCUCGGAGCUGAGCCUCUCGAGGUGGAUCUGAAGGAGUCCGGAGAGGGCCAAGGCGGUUAUGCCAAAGAAAUGUCCAAAGAGUUCAUUGAAGCAGAGAUGAAGCUGUUUGCCAAGCAGUGCCAAGAUGUGGACAUCAUCAUCACGACGGCUCUGAUUCCCGGUAAAAGAGCGCCCGUAUUGUUCCGUAAAGACAUGAUUGAUCUGAUGAAGGAGGGCUCCGUUGUGGUUGACCUGGCUUCUGAGGCAGGAGGAAACAUUGAAACUACUAAGCCUGGAGAACUCUAUGUUUACAAGGGAAUAACGCAUAUUGGAUACACAGAUUUCCCAAGCAGAAUGGCUACCCAAGCAAGCACCCUGUACUCAAACAACAUCAUUAAGCUUCUGAAGGCGAUCAGCCCCGACAAGGAUAACUUUUACUAUGACCUGAAGGAUGACUUUGAUUAUGGCACCAUGGGCCAUGUUAUCAGAGGAACUACAGUCAUGAAGGACGGAAAAACUAUAUUUCCAGCACCUCUACCUAAAAAACUGCCAGAGGCGGCUCCCGUUAAACAUAAAACGGUAGCGGAACUGGAAGCCGAAAAAGCAUCUGCCAUUUCCCCGUUCCGGAAGACCAUGAAUAGCGCCUCUGCAUACACGGCCGGCUUGACCACGCUCCUUGGACUGGGCAUUGCUUCUCCCCAUUCUGCUUUUACUCAGAUGGUGACCACCUUUGGUCUCGCUGGAAUUGUUGGCUAUCAUACCGUGUGGGGUGUUACACCGGCUCUGCAUUCCCCUCUUAUGUCCGUCACAAAUGCCAUCUCCGGUCUGACAGCCGUUGGAGGUCUUGCACUCAUGGGGGGCAAUUAUCUCCCCACCAACACCCCCGAGUUACUAGCUGUGCUUUCUGCGUUCGUGUCUUCUAUUAACAUUGCAGGUGGCUUCCUGGUUACACAAAGAAUGCUGGACAUGUUCAAGCGUCCAACCGACCCCCCUGAGUAUAACUACCUGUACCUGCUGCCCGGAGGGGUAUUUGUUGGGGGCUACGCAGCUGCACUCAACAGUGGCUACAACAUUGAGCAGAUGAUCUAUCUGGGUUCCGGCCUGUGUUGUGUCGGCGCUCUCGCUGGUCUCUCCACGCAAAGGACUGCCCGUCUUGGCAACGCCCUGGGCAUGAUGGGGGUCGCUGGUGGGAUAGUGGCCACCCUGGGUGCUCUCAAGCCAACCCCAGAAUUGCUAGCACAGAUGUCCGGAGCAAUGGCACUUGGUGGCACCAUGGGUCUGACUAUUGCCAAACGUAUCCAGAUUUCGGACCUACCGCAGCUUGUAGCCGCGUUCCACAGCCUGGUUGGUCUGGCUGCUGUUCUUACCUGCGUGGCUGAAUACAUGAUCGAAUAUCCGCACUUCGCCACGGACCCGGCCGCAAACCUCACGAAGAUUGUGGCGUACCUGGGCACCUACAUCGGUGGAGUGACAUUCAGCGGUUCUCUGGUGGCUUAUGGGAAGCUGCAGGGAAUUCUCAACUCUGCCCCGCUCAUGCUGCCGGGAAGACACUAUAUGAACGCGGGAUUGAUGGCAGCCAGCGUCGGCGGCAUGAUCCCAUACAUGCUGGAUCCAAGUUAUACAACCGGUAUCACGUGCCUCGGCUCGGUGUCAGCCCUGUCCGCCAUCAUGGGAGUGACGCUGACGGCUGCCAUUGGAGGUGCCGACAUGCCUGUGGUUAUCACGGUUUUGAACAGCUACUCCGGCUGGGCCCUGUGUGCCGAGGGAUUCCUGCUCAACAACAACCUUCUCACUAUUGUCGGGGCCCUGAUCGGUUCCUCUGGAGCGAUCCUUUCCUACAUCAUGUGCGUGGCAAUGAACAGAUCCCUUGCAAACGUGAUCCUUGGGGGCUACGGAACCACAUCGACUGCUGGCGGAAAACCCAUGGAAAUCACCGGUACCCACACAGAAAUCAAUCUGGACAACGCAGUUGAAUUGAUAAAGGAGGCCAACAACAUCAUCAUUACACCAGGUUAUGGUCUUUGUGCUGCAAAGGCUCAAUACCCCAUUGCAGAUUUGGUGAAGAUACUGAAAGAACAAGGCAAACAUGUCCGGUUCGGCAUCCACCCAGUCGCCGGCCGCAUGCCUGGUCAGCUUAACGUGCUUUUGGCUGAAGCUGGCGUGCCGUAUGACAUCGUACUUGAGAUGGAUGAGAUCAACGAGGACUUCCCUGAAACUGAUUUGGUCCUGGUGAUCGGUGCCAAUGACACUGUUAACUCGGCAGCACAAGAAGAUCCCAACUCAAUAAUUGCUGGAAUGCCUGUUCUAGAGGUGUGGAAAUCCAAGCAGGUCGUUGUGAUGAAGAGGUCCCUGGGAGUUGGAUAUGCAGCUGUGGACAACCCCAUCUUCUACAAACCCAACACUUCUAUGCUUUUGGGAGAUGCCAAGAAAACGUGUGACGCCCUGCAGUCCAAAGUACGGGAGUCCUACCAGAACUAGAUGCUCACUUUUUGAUUUUUAUACAAGCUUCUUACUGGCCAGUGUUAGUAAUUUUUGAAAACAAACACCGUUUUAUAAUAGAACUUGUUAGCAACGACCAUGAGCAUGGGAAAAGAAACCAACAGAGUAUUUGGUAAAACGUAAUGAGUCGCAUGAGCUCGUUAGUAUGAUUCACCACCUUGUUUUUUACAUGGAAGCCCGUUUGGCUUGCUGUUUUAUAUAUCCUUGCUAAACACAUUGAGUAAAUUGGUUUAAUCCAGGUGUACUCUAACUAUAUAAAGCUUGAAUCCUGGCUAUUGGCCAACAGCCAAUGACCUUUUUUACCAUGUAGGGGUUAAAAAAUAAAUUAAAAGCACUUACUAAAUGUAUCAAAA